CCUUUUUCUGCUAAUGCAAGGUGCGGGUAGUUUUUGACUUUGUGACAGCGCGUACGAGGCCUGACAGGUGCUGUCAUCGACGUGCGGGGCUGCCAUAUUGAUAUCGGAAUUUGCUGGAAGAUUUUUUGUUUCGAUUUAUGGAAUGUGGCCAUGAUAUGGAAAAUAAAUUGAGAAAACAACAAAAUAGUUCAUCAAAAGGCAAAAUAAGCAUUUAUCGGGACGUUAUUCAUCAAUUUUGCCAUCUUAAUCGAUUCCGAUAUUGAUCGACGAAUCGAGCAAUGUGGGUUUGACACACCGCCGAGGGCGAUUGACGUUUGUGGCAACGGAAAAGUUUGUUUACGUGUCGGCCGGUCGAUAUUUUGCAUGAAAUAGCGUAUUUUUUUCCCCAACACGAAAAGGCCAACGGGAUCAAGGUGGCGAACAGCAGCAGCCAGGGAAAAACGAACGAACGCACACCCGCCACACAAUGGCAUCGAAGUUGGAAAUAAACAUCCGCAGCUUGAUAGCACAGUGCGAGGAGAUAGUGGCGGUCGACAAACAGGACUGGCGGUUGAAAAAGUACAUCCGAUCGCUGGACAUUAUGAUCCAGGAGCUGGAGGAACAGUUUGAUAAACCGGAAGACAAGGUUUUAGAGGACUAUCAGAACCGCUGCACCGAACUGAAGCAAGCGUCCAGCUACGUAGAACCAACGCCGGAGGAGAAGCGACGCCUGCGAACGAAACCGAAGGCCACCGAUCCGGCCGGGGACGAUGUGAUGCGCGAGGUGCGCCAGUUUCACGACCAAAAGUACGAAAAGGAGCUCCGCAGCGAGCUGUUCAAUGGGAACUUUUCGACGAUACGGCGGCGGGCGGGGCAGAAGGUGGCAGAAAAUCUGGAACAAACCGUGAAACAAUACUCAACCGAGCAGGAGCGGCUGGCGGAGGAUAUGCUUAAGUUAACGAGAAACCUAAAGGAACAGACGGAAACGGCCGGAAAGAUCCUGAAGAAGGACACCGAGAUCGUUUCCAAGUCUGCCAAGCUAACUGACCAAAACACAUCGUCGCUAACAACCGAAUCCACCAAGCUGCAGGAAAACUCAAAGAAAGCCUGCAAAUGCUGGAUGUGGCUGAUGAUAGUAUUCGUUAUAAUAACGUUCAUAUUUAUGGUAAUGUUUAUGAAAAUAAUGAAAAAGAGAGUAUACUAAAGCACACUCCAGGAGGAGUAGAACGAUUGGUUACGGGGACACAAGACGAGCAAGAAAAGACACAACGCAUCCAAGUAGGCCGCGCGCACGCCUGUGUGCUCGUGUUUGAGCAUAGCAAGAAUCAAAAACCGUUGCCGUUUUUCUUUUUCGUUUGUUUUGUUGAUCAGUAUCUGCAUUUUUUUGUUUGUUGCUUAUUGUAAAUUUUGCCUUUAUUGCGCGUGUAUGAAUAUACUAUAAAACAAUUUUUCUAAAAUA